UAUCUUCAGCAUAUCAACGUCGAGUAACUUUGUAGAGAUUGUAAUAGCCAUUAAUAUGCCAUGCCAGGCAAUGAUUUAAGUUGCUAUAUUAUCAAUAACUUUAUUCGAGCAUUAUUAAAUUUUCUGUGGUUGCUUUUAUUUCAAUACUGAUAUAACCUAUACAAUAUAUAUAAUUCAGCGCUGAUUUGGUAGUUUAAGCAUAUUUGUUGUUUAUUAAUUAUUGUGAAUAUUCAACUCCUUUACAGUAUUAUUGUGUAUUAAAUACUUACACUUCUCUAUUGCGACUAUUUAAUAAUACUUCAAAUAUACAAAAAGCAGAUAUUCAAAGGAAUAUUGAGCAUUUUUUACCAUCAUGUUUCCAAAUAACCCUUCAUACACUGGAACUGUGCCAAAAACAGACUGUUAUGGUCGUACAUUGAGUGUUAAAUCAAGAAAUGAAACAAUACGCUUGAAUGGAUGUAUAAUAACACCAAUACCCCCUAUGUCAACUUCUAGUAUUGAAUCCCACAGACAUUCACAGCUUGCGACAGGAUACCUUCUUGGCGAUACGAUUCCUACCAGUGAGUGCGUCAGACAACGUCAGCAAGCGAACCCGGGAACUACUAUUGACGAUACUACACCCAAAAACAGCAAUACAAGUUCGACAUCUCCCAAAGAGUCUUCUUCUCAAGACAGUCGAUAUCCAGAAAUUUCUUGGGCACAUUUCGAUCGAGUUCAGCACGCCAAGUUUUUGGAGUCUUUGCUACCUACAAUGCUACCGACUUUACAGGCAGAUAAAUUAGAAAAGCUUGAAUCUGCGAUGGACAAGCCGACCAAUACCGAUACUAAGUUGCCAAGCCGAGCUACAGUUGAGAGAAAUUUGAAGCGAAUUCAGGGUUACAUCAAUGAUACUACGCAGACGAUGGAUGAACUCUGCCUAUCGACCGAUCCCAGAGCCAAGGAGCAUUACAAUAGAUUAGCUACAAUAGUCGAAGAUCUGCGAGACAGUGAGAAAAAAUUGAGCGUUCUUCUCGAGAGUUCGCAAAAAUUUUGGCAGGAUGAGGAGGAUGGUGGAGUCAACUUGCGUAAAAAACUCGAAUUAACAGAGCAAAAAUUGCAAGAGUUGAAGGACGAGCAACAUGCAACCCAAGACUUGUCGCACAAAGCGCGUGAGGGCCUCGAUCAGCUUCGUAGAGUCCAACGAGAAGCGGCCGAAAUACAGGAGGAAAUCGAAGAAAACGAAAAAGUACGCCAAAAUCUCAAAUACAAAGUCAUGAAAAAAGAAACCCUGGAUUUAAGACAAAAACUAGUCGGCUUGGAAAGGAAAAAAAAGAAUAUGGAUCAGCUUGUAGAUGAGCUAAAUUCGUUUAACGUAAAUGAUAAAACAAGCUCUUCAACUGGUAGCGAUCGCGAGUCAAAGCUGGCUGAACUUGAAAAGCUCAAAAUUCAGUUAGCACAUGUUAAAUCGGUAAUGAAUCAAGCCUUAUUGAACAAGGAGAAGCGAUCUACUGAUGACGACGACGACGAUGAUGAUGAUGAUGAUGUAGCUGCAUCUGAAGAAACUAAUCCGCUUGUCAACUUUGAUGAAGAAGCCCAAAAUUCUGAACCAGAUGCUUCUUCUGAGCCAGAUACGUGUGACGAGGAUUUCAAAGUUCGUCAAUUGACCAAUGAAAGCAAAGCUAUGUACCAGCAAGUACAAUCUGCUACAGCAGAGUUACUAGAACAACAGAAAAUGUUGCUUUUAGCUCGAACAGAACUUCGACAAAAAUUGAAAGAGCAACUGUCAAAGAAAGCUAAUGAUGCGAUUGAUGAACAACAUAAACAGCAAAUUUCUGCAGAGAAAAAAGAAAGCAAUAAACAUGUUGAAAAUGAUGUCAAAAAGGAUAAAUCGUCGACACAUUCCAGCCGACAAAACUCGUUAUCCCGAGAGAAUCAUGUUGAAAAGCAACCUAAAAGUUGGGCACCUGCUCACUUUCAUGCUAAACAAUCCAAUAUGUCUGAUUCACCAAGUGUAGAUUCAGCGGAGAUGAAUCCUUUAUUACUGAAUGAAUCUAUGUUUAAUCGUUGGACACCUUCUGCACCUUCAUGCAACAAUACAGCUCCCAAUUCAUCUCCUUUCUGGUGGACUCAGUUUCAACCACCGUCAGCGUCCUUUUGGGGUAAUCAUUCUUCUGGAUAUCAGACGACUUCACCAGUUGGAGAAUCACCAACGCCUUCUAUGGAAAAUUAUAAACAAAUGUUGAUCCAUUCUCAACAAUCUCAACAAAUACAAAUUUUAAUGGCAACAGUACAAAAUUAUACUGAAAUCAUGAGUAUGCAGCGAAAUGAUAUAGAAACACUGAAAUCAGCUGUGUCCAGCCUCCAAGGACAAGUGCAAAGUUUGCAAACACAGGUCCAUUCUCUUUUGCACACUGGUGUUGUUCAAGACACCACCCAUUGCAAUUUGGAUCGUAACCAUCAAUCCUUUUGCAAUCCGCUAGAUCCGUCAAUGACUUUACCACCAAGUUCAUCGUUACCAAAUUUAGUAACUUUACCCAACGGACAAUCUACUCAAACUCCGAUAACUCAACCCCUUCAACUGAAUAACCAAAUUCCUCCAGGCAACAGAGCCAACAACUAUUGGGAUAAUUUUAGGAGUUAUUCAAGACAAAACUACCUUUCAGGAAGUUCAAAAGUACCUGAUCAUGUUCAAACGAAUUUUUACUCUGAUUAUACUAAUUAUGUACCUCCGACGUAUCCAAAUUAUGGCAACGUUCUCACUUCACGACCGCCUACAUCUACAAAUUCUUUGACAUCCGAUAUUAGACGAUCUAUGCAUGACGCAAGAUUAUUGCAACAGCAUUUACAGCAACAUUUGCAACAGCAGCAACCAACCCCCAAUAUCCAAAGGGACCCUAGUACUAAAGUAUUCUUAUCAUCAAAAGGGAAGCAGCAUAAACAAGUAUCUACAAAAUUAGAGUCAGAUGAUAUAAAGGCUAUGUUGAAGCAGUGUAUUAAGGCAUUGCAAUGGUCAGAACAAACUCAACACAAUGAAAGCAAAUUAUCAUCAUCUGAUAGCCAUAGUAGUUCAAAAUCUAGUGAAGAUGAAUCUGAAGUUGGUGGAGCGCACCUCCCUUCAGAUGUGGGGUUGAGGCUAAAAGUUCUUGAAUACGCUUCUACAAAAAAACGUAAAGAAAACAAGAAAGCUGAAGAUACAACUUUUUCAGUUCGACGUUCUUCCAGCAAUAAAUCGUCGAAAAAAGAACAUGAUAUACACUCAGCAGAUUGCAGCUUUAGCGAAGAUGUGAGUCGAAAUUUCGAAGCUGAAACAGAAGGAAAAGAACAAAAUCACCUUGAAAAAAUAACGCAACCAGAAGAUGGAGAAGAAAUGAAAGAAAGUGCAGAUCGACGAAGUUGAUAGAAUUAGAAACUUGAUUUUUUAUGCUAAUAAUUUAAUUUUUUGACUGCAAAAUGAUAUAUAGUAUUAUUUUUUAAAAAUUAUGUUUCAUUCAUGUUACUUUUUCAAGAAUAAGAUUCUCAUAGUUUUUUGUUGUAAAUUAUCGCUGACAAUUUAACGAAAAAGUAAAAAUAACGGUUAAUUCUUAACAAAUUCGCUUCGUGUAAAAAAAAAGUAGUAUUUUUGAAAAAAUCACGAAAUCAAAAUGAACAUGUAACGCGUGACUAUAAAUAUAUGAAUUACACAACAAGAGUAGGUAAUGAUUAAGGGUUUGCUGAUUACGAUCAACUUUCUUUUUUACGGCCGGGAAAUGGAAAAUUAUUAAUGUAGACAUUUAUUGGAAAUUCACCACAGUUUUCAAUUUUUUUUUCAGUAUUCAUAAGAUGACUAAUGUGAACUAAAUUGUAAUUAAACUAUAAUAUACUAUUUUAUUAACAAUUCUUAUAAACUACUUUUAGUAGAUAGCUGUACUAUAUAUGACGAAAAAAAAAUUUUUUUGAAUCUGA